AUGGACGUUGCCAUCACUCACUACGAGGCUCUGAAGAGUUUUCUUGCUUCACAUCUAGCUAAGGAGCAAGCCAAUAGUUCGAGAACAAAUGCAAGGGAGAAAUUAACCAAGCUCACAAAACAGCAGUUUCAAGAAUUAUCUACAGAUGUGUAUGAUGAGUUGACCAGACGACUACUGGAUUCUAAUGAAGUACCUUUUCUUCCAUUGCGUGACGAUUUUCACCCUAAAAGAAAUCAAGCACGACAGAAGUUAGCUACUUUACCAAAAAAUCGAUUCAAAGACUUGGCUAGUGACGUCUAUUAUGAACUGGAGAGACGUUAUCCAGAGCUAAAAGAUAUGGAUUUCUCGACAUCAGCCAAUGACAAUUCAUUGCAAAAAAAAUCAAUCGAUGUUUCUACACCGGGUCAAGCACCAAAGUCAAACACCAUCGUCCCAGAAAUGAGUACCCUAAAACAGGAAACCAUUUCCGUAGACUAUCAUAUUCAGAAACCAAGCACUCGGCCAGAGAACACGGCCACCAAUGGCGAUAAUUCGGCAAGCAACAAUAAUUCGAACGGCGUCCCGUCGUCAUCGGAGUAUGGAUCCCCAAUUUCUCCCAGAAGUCGUACUCAAUCUUCUACAUCUUCGAUAUCAGAUUUUGGACGUCGUUAUAAUGGAAUGAGCAUGAGCAGUGUCAGCAGUUCGGAUAGCAGAAAUAGAGACACGGUUAAUAGCCAGAAAGUUGGUAAACCUGAUAUCGUUAAUUUCGCUUCUCUGGACAGUUUGAUGGCCGAUCUUGGAGAUAUGAUCGAUAAAAAACAAGCAGGAGGUGGCUACUCUGACAUGGACAAGAUGAUGUCAGAUUAUGAGCUAAAAGUUGCGACCCUUCAAAAACGGAUAAAAGAGUUGGAGUCCGAAUUAUCGUCGAGGAAUAGUUCCGCUGUGAAUAGCUCCAGAAUACAAGAUCUAGAAAGUCGAUUGGGAGAACAAACGUCUAGGGUGGCAGAGCUGGAGCAAAAAUUAGAAGAGAGUAACCAACAACAAAAAGAGGUGGAAACUAUAUUGGAAAGCUUUCAGUCACUUUCGGCGAAAUAUGACGAGUUGUGCUUAGAAAAGGAACAGGACGCAACCAAAAUUAAAGAUUUAACGGCGGAAGUGAGCGAGUGGAAGAGCAAAUACGAAAAGACCAAGACUGAAUUAAGAAAUUUGAAAG